UCAAGGUCCCCAAAAUAAGCCAGAAUAGGCAGUGACUGUUCACAGUCUUUCCUUGCACACCUUUCCCUCUGGCUAAUUAGGGUCCCAUCUCAAACGUGGAAAAGCUUGGUGCCUGCUGCUGUAUUCGAAAAGGGAUUCCUGCGGGACAGAGAAUAAUGGCCAUGAAGCUGUUUGGAACUGCCCUCCUCUUUUUGGCUUUGUUCAGACUCCGCUGUGCUGGUGAGGAAACGGGAAUAUCAACACCCACAACAGCACCAGCACCAGCACCAGCAACAGCAGCACCAGCACCAACAGCACCAGCACCAGCAACAGCAGCACCAGCAACCACACCGACAUCCAACAACAGGCAAAAUGUUUCUGGAUCAUCUGCAUAUGAAAGCAGCCCAAACUCCACAGUGAACAGCAUUUCAAGGACCCCAAACACAACUAAUCAAGGUGAUACCUUCAAAUCAGCAAAUCCAACAAAUUCAUCAACCCAACAGACACCGACCCCUACAACUGUACGGCAAUCAACAUCCAAUGGUACAGCUACCAGGAUGGUUGCCUCACCAAAACAGACUUUGACUUCACCAUCUUCCUUGACUCCAUCAACAAGACCUGGUCAUAAUGGCAUGGCAACAGCUAGGCACCCUGUUACCCCCAAGAGUACAGCAGUAAUGCAACCAGAAACACCUGAAAAUGACACUAACAUAGAAAAUCAGGAAAGAAAAAAUGAUACCUCUUACAGUGGUAUUAUUUUGCCAGUCAUUAUUGCCUUGAUCGUAAUAACCUUCACUGUUUUCCUUCUGAUGGCUUUGUACAGAAUGUGCUUCAAGACAGCACCAGAGAGACAAGAAAAUGGAACCGAACAUUCAAUGUCUCCCUACAGAGCCCCAUUAGAUAAAGAGAAUGUGAAGCUUAUUUCGGUUAAGACAACUUCUCCAGAGAUUGGUAUGUCCCGUUUCUUGGCCCUUUCUUCAUAUGACUUACCUUUAAACAUGCCAUUGCCUUUGGAGUGCUACAAACCAAUGAGAGCAGUCUUCUCAAGGGAAGAAUAAGACUCGGCUGCAUGAUGAUUCUUCUUCGCACCUGGCCAACAAACGUGUGUGAAGAGUUCCUAUUUCAUUACUUCCUCCUAAAAGGCCAACACAGGACAUGCCUGGUGGUGCAAGUCAGUGGCUUCUACGCACUUACAAACAGAAUUUACACACUUGCUUCUCCAUAGUAUUGUUUAUCUGCAUUGCCAUUUUUCUGUAUAUGUUUGCUAUUUUCUUUUUGGAAGCUCUUGUACUUUUACCGCGGUGUUUAUACGAUUUUUGUAUAUUACAUAUUUAUUGUUUUCCACAUAUGCAAAAGCACUGAAAAAUUUACAUCGUACAAAAACUACCAAAAAACACAACAUCUGUUAAUUUUAAUAUAGGUGAUGGUUGUGUGCAUAAAAAUAUUUUCUGCUUUGGAAGAAAGACAAUUUUAACAUGUUUUCUUGCACUUCCAAUAAUGCACAUGGGACUGGUUUGCACUACAGCCUGCCCUGGCUUAUGUAGGCCACAAUGCAUUGAAGACGUACAGGCAGCCUAUUUGAAUAUUCAAGUCAAAGCUUAUUGUAUCAUCUGAACCUGGUGAGAGUAGGCUGUUGGCAAACUACCCACUACUCUAAAACACCUCAUCAGUUUUGCAAACCCAGAGAGUAACAGAAACUGCUAACACUGCAUCCAGUAGGAGGCUAUGUAUAGGCAAAAAAUGAUGUACUAGCCUCAGUUGUAUUUAAAAGAAACACAAAAGAACAACGUUCAUGAAAUUAAAGUUUCCCAACUUGCUCUUCUCACUGCACCCCCCUGAAAUUUUUCUCCAGGGGACUAAAGAACCCUUCAGAAUGGUAAAAGAUAUGGUAUGGAAGGCUGCAGAUAGAGGAAAGGUUAGCAGAAAUCUCCAGCUUUACAUAAAUAGAUAACAAACUUAGCAUUUAAGUCAUUUAUGUGGUUCUGUACAGCUUUGGGAAGGGACCUUUAGUUUUACACAAUGCAGCUUUUAUGAAUAUGGUCUGAGGGAAAGAAGAGAUUCUUUGCCCCUUCCUCACAUAUUUUCCCACUGUUUUAACUUCCCACAAAGACUCCAAGUCAGGACCAACCCUAUCCAUCUCAAUCAGCAGACACUGAGGAACAACUCACAUCAACAAGCCGUUGAAGGGAAAGGAAGGUGUGUGCAACAUGGGCUUCCUGUGCCCUAGAAGCUAGUCUGCUGGCUUCAAGAACAGUGGAGGACCACUGCCCCAUCACCAGUGCUGAAACCAACAACUUCCAUUUCUACAUGGAAUGGGAGAAAGGAAGCCAUCUUGUCUUUGCCUCAGGCAGCAAAAUGUUCUGUCUCGGCCCUGCACAGAGUAGCACAGCUGCUCAAGGGUGCCAGCUACAGAUGUUGGACGUAAGAGGAUGUCUUAAGAGCCCCUUCCCUUCAUGUCAGCUUUCUGUGUUAAAUGGCAGCCUCUGGGACUGCAUUGUGUGGGAAAGAACAUCCUAAGAAUGAAGUCACAGAAUUGGGGAACGUAUAAUUCUGCCCUCAGGCUUCUGUGACUAUACUACACAAGUAAUUUAUAUUUUAUUGUCUUAACUGCUGUGGACCUCACAAAGAGCUUCAGCAUUUCAGCAUACUAUAAAUGUAAUUAACAAAGUACAGUGUUCAGAAGGGGCUGUAAAAUUCAGUAUUCCAAAAUUCCUUCUUCCCCACCCAUCUACAAAACCCCCCAGCUCAUAUAGAUGCAAAAAGAACUGUAAAACUAUGUCACUGGCACAGUCUCAAAAGACAACAGGUGAGCUAGAAUUGCUUCCAACAUUUUCAUUAUCAGAAAUUGUUCCCAGCUUUCAGAGUUCUGUAUUAUCUAGUGAGCACUGAUAGAGCAAUGCACAAGGAAGGAAGGAAGGAAGGAAGGAAGGAAGGAAGGAAGGAAGGAAGGAAGGACGGAAGGGCAGAUGGAAGAAAACACUCAGUUUUGAUUUGCUUGCAUGAAGAUUCUUUUUCUGUGUAGUUUUCUAAUUGUUAAGAAAGUCAUGUCCUUGUAAGUAAAAGAACACACAUAAGACUUGUGCUGCAGUGAUACACAGAAUCAUAUCAAUAGGACUUAUCUCAAGUGCACUUAAGUAACAGAGUGAAGGAAGAUGCAAAUGAACUGAAGGAACUGAAGCUGCAGCAAAGUUCAUGGAACUGGAAGAGAUCUCAGAGGCCAUCUUGUCUAUCCUACUGACAGUGCAGGAAAUCUAUUGUUACAGCAUCCCUAACAGGUGGUUAUGUGGCUUCUCUUUAAAAUCCUUUAACAAAGAAGAGUCCACUACUUUCUGAAGCAGGCUAUUCCACUGCUGAGGAGCUCAUUAAUGUACAUCUUUUGUUUGUUAUUUAUUGCCCCUUCACAAUUUCUUCUUCGGGUCUAACAUAACCAAGUCCUUCAACUUUGUAAAACAUAUUCUCCAAGCCAUUCAUCUGUUUGUUAUCCUGUUCUGGACACAAUUCCAUUUCAGGAAUAGUUUUACAAAUUUUCCUUGAAGUGGAAUUCAGCAUGAUGGAAUGCUUGGCAGAGAAAGCCAGAAGAUCUGUAGUGGAUCAAAACAGAGGAACUCAUCUCCUCUCUCAUCGCCUAUUUGAGAGAGCACCUCCUCUGUUAUCAUCCUGCUCAGUCACUUAGGUCAUCAGAAGAGGCACUCCUGCUGAUCUCACAUGGACCUAAGUCCAUCUACAGGACUCUCAGCACAGUGCCCUGGCUCCCCCUGUGUGGAAUUCCCAUCCAGUUGUCAAGAAGCAACAAAUGUUGCUUUGUGCUUCAGCACCAAGACAUUUUUACUUAAAUAAGCCUAUCCUGAAUGAGCAGCCAUGGUUGCAUUGGUAUAACAAGUUAUUGGUAUAACUUAAACAUUGUUAUCCUAUGUAUUUUGAUUAUAUUUUUCUUUACAGUUCUCCACUCAGGAAUUUUUUUUAGUUAUAAAGUGAUAUAUAAAUUUUGUAAAUAAAUAAAAUCUCUAAGUUGCACAGUAAUCCAAGUGGUCAGUGCAAUGAGAGGACUCCUGAUUACCUUUUGGUGACAAAGGUGGAAUAGUGUCAGAGAAGUGAAAUACAGUUUUUAAAAAGC